AUGGCCCUUCCCGCACACGUCCCAGGAGCACUCAAUUCCGGGAGAAAACCCAGGCCAGAGGCGAAGGAGGCGGUGCCGGGCGCUGGGGUCAGUGGCCUCUCCAGUGUACUCCUGCACCCCCCCCCACCCCCUCCCGCCCCUUGGCGCCGGAGAAGGACGUCUUUUCGGCCUCUUCCCGCAGGGGCCGCCGGGGUCAUCCAACAGGGUAGGGGAGGCUAUCCGUGCCGAGGGAGUCACGCUGGGGGAUCGCAGCUCCCUGAGAGUGCCCGCAGCCUCCGACCAGUAUUGGCGCACAAGUGUGAGAUCGGGCAGCAUCUCACCCCCAGCAGUCCCUGGUGUUUUUGCCUGUACCCACUCCCCAGGUUUUCGGUCCAGAGCCGGCCCCUGGCAAGGCAAAGACAUGUCCAGUGCUUGAGAGAUGCGCAUUCGGCUGUCGACUUCAGAACCAAGAAUCUCCUACCCGGUGUCGCGACACCUCUGAACUGCCGCUUUCCACCGCCAACCAGAAGCCCUAGGAAGGUGGGUUCCCAGGAUAGCCAAGCUGACGAAACAGGGCAAACCAGCGUGAAAGGCAAAGGCGCCCACCCCUGCCACCCAGUUCGGGGUGCCUCCUUCACUCGGGGUCUUUCUCCCUCUCCUUUCUCCGGCAUCCUGCGGGUCUCCAGCUCACUCAGCAGCCUCGGCGAGCCCAGACCGCGGGAAAGCCGGGGAGAGCCGGGAGCCGGCAGGGUGGCGCCUCCAGGCUGUGACCACGCUCGGCUACGGAAAGCCGCGGUGCUCUGGCCCUUCCUCACCUCUUGCCAAAUGACAAGUGUGUCAAGGCGCUCUCUGGGUUCAGUCUUCUUUCAUUCACAUUAGGCGGCAAGAGUCUCUCCUCCUCCCCCCCCCCCCCCGAAAAAUACUUUUUAAAAAGCAUUAUCCAACUGGGUCUCCCAGCGAAGAAACCCCUACAGCUUGUACGCAGGUGGGACUCCCAAGCCUUUGCUUCCCGGACCCUACUGCUGUUGUCCAGAUAGGGGCCAGUUUUAAAACUCCUGGUGUGUAGAAUACUUGCAAAGCAGUGGCACUCUCCGAUUUUUGCAAAUAGGAUUCUCAGGAAAGUUUGCUUUCCAUUUCAUCACCCUGGACGGUUCCUCGUCUCUCCGUUGCCCAUAACCUCCUCCCUCAAGCGGCAAGAAGAGUUCAGCUUCAAACGAAAAGCAAGCCAAGGCCACCUCAGUCCCUUCUCCCAGGAGAUUCCCACUUAAAACACCUGCUUGUUUUAAACGCCA